AACAAGUAACAAAGCACACACUCAACCAGCACUGACCAAGCGUGAACUUGACAAUAAUCAUACAUAUUCCAUUGACAAAAUCAUUCAAAAUUCUCAUAUUUCGUCGUCAUCAUCAUGUUCUUCAACGUUUUCAUCUUCUUUUCCCACAUUGCCUUCUUCACACCCAUCACUUGAAACAUCCACUUCACAAUGUCCCUGCUCUGCUUAAUUCAUGUCAUGAUAGUGCCCUUGGAUUGUUCAGAUCAACGAUGGAGGAGGAGCCCAACAACACAAUGGCGUGGAACUUGACCAUCAGGACCCAUGUUGAUUUGGGACAGUUCCAUUCAGCUUUGUCAACGUUCAAAAAAAUGAGACAAAUGGGUGUUCCCCAUGAUACUUUUACUUUUCCAGUAGUGAACCGAGCUUUAUCAUCCAUGAGGGCUGAUGCUGUGUAUGGAAAGAUGACCCAUUGUGUAGCAAUUCAAAUGGGUUUGGAUUUGGAUUUAUAUUUUUGUAACACAAUGAUUGAUUUUUAUGUGAAAUGUUGGUGCAUUGGUUGUGCUCGCCGCGUGUUUGAUCUAAUGCUGCACAGAGAUGUGGUUUCCUGGACGUCGAUGAUUGCUGGAUAUAUUUCUGAGAGACAUGUUAGUGUGGCUUGUGAUUUGUUCAACAAGAUGAGGGUGGAAUUGGAACCAAAUUCAGUUACUCUUAUUGUAAUGUUGCAGGCAUGUUGUGCUUCCACGCCAUUAAAUGUGGGAACUCAAAUUCAUGGGUAUGCAGUGAAGAGUGGAGUGCUAAUGGAUUGGUCGGUGAAAAAUUCAGUUUUGAGAAUGUAUGCUGAUAAAGGGAGUACUGAAGAAGUGGAACUUUUAUUUAGUGAAAUCAACAAAAGGGAUGUGGCUUCCUGGAAUAUUUUGAUUUCCUUUUAUUCCAUGGUAGGAGACAUGAUGAGAGUGGCUGGUUUGGUCAAUGAAAUGCAGAGCCUAGAAGGGCAUUCAUGGAACAUUGAGACUUUAACACUAGUUAUAUCAGCAUUUGCAAAGUGUGGUAAUCUUUCUAAGGGUGAAGGCGUGCAUUGCUUAGUCAUAAAAACAGGUUUUUCUGAUGAUGUUUUGCAAACUUCUCUGCUUGACUUUUAUGCCAAAUGUGGGAAAUUGGACAUAUCAGUUCAACUAUUUAGAGAGAUUCAUUUUAAAAGUUACAUCACUUUGGGUGCUAUGAUGUCAGGUUUCAUUCAAAAUGGUUCUUUUAUGGAGGCCAUAGCUUUGUUCCAGCAAAUGCAAGCUGAAGAUCUUGUUAUUGUCCCUGAGAUUUGGAGAAAUCUACUUGAUGCAUGUGCAAACCUGGGAGCUUUGAAGUUGGGAAGAGUUGUCCAUGGUUAUCUUAUGAAGAACUUGUUUAAUGGACCUGUUGAGGGUAAUCUGCACAUGGAAACCUCUAUCUUAAACAUGUACAUUAGAGGUGGUAAUAUAUCUUCAGCUAGAGCAGUUUUUGACAGGAUGCCUGUCAAAGAUGUUAUAGCAUGGACAUCAAUGAUUGAGGGAUUUGGAUCCCAUGGUUUUGGUUUUGAAGCCCUUAAGUAUUUUAAUUUAAUGAUGGAGCAUAGAAUGCAGCCGAACUCCGUUACCUUCUUGAGCUUAUUAUCUGCUUGCAGCCACUCUGGCCUUGUCAGUGAAGGCUGCAAAAUUUACUAUUCUAUGAAAUGGGGUUUUGGUAUUGAACCAGCUUUGGAUCACCAUACUUGCAUGGUGGAUCUUUUCGGUCGAUGUGGGAUGGUUAAAGAGGCCUUAUCCAUAAUAUUGAAAAUGGUAAUUUUACCAGAUAGCAGGAUUUGGGGUGCUCUUCUAGCAGCUUCAGGAGUUUAUGGAAAUAAAACAUUGGGAGAAUAUACAGCACAAAGACUGUUGGAACUUGAACCUGAUAAUGCUGGAUACCAUACGUUGUUGAGUAAUGUAAAAGCAAGUGCCGGAAGGUGGAAUGAGGUUGAAGAAUUAAGGAGAGAGAUGAGUGAAAAAGAUCUCAAGAAGAAACCAGGGUGGAGCUGCAUUGAGGUAAAAGGGGUCAGUUACGGAUUUCUUUCUGGAGAUAUAACACACCCUGAAGCAGAAGAGAUUUAUGCGGCAUUGUGUACAUUGAGUCGAGUGACACAGGAUUUUGGGUAAGAUAUUUAAAGCGGUUCAAAAGGGUAUUGAAAAUAUGUCUUGGCUAAUAUCAGCUACUUCAAACCAAUGCUUGGCAAAGCACUGUCUAACCUAAUCCCAAGUUCUUCAGUGAAGAAAAUGGGCUAAUUUGUGAUUUUAUAUCGGCUCCGUAAAGGGAAGAAAAUGAAUGUGUAGAAUGAUUAUUGCACUGAGUUUAGGAUUAAUAAUUUGUUGCAGGAAAUCAUAUAUGAUUUCUUCAUUUGAGAACCAGUCUGCCCUCGUAAGCACUCAAACAAAUGUCGAGUUCUGGUUAA